AUGCCCCUUGACAAUUACGGCGUUUGGAAAGCUCAUCCAGUACGUUACCAUGUUGAACGCCGUGGUACGAGAAAGCCUCAUCUACUCCUAUACCAUCGUGAUAACGGCGGUGGUGAUUCUGAAUCGGCCAUAAAUAUCAAAUCUGGAGAUCGUCAGGAAUCUCGACUUGUAUACUGGGUGGAUGAGAAAGUCAGCGACCGCCGACUUAUUGAAAGACUCUCGCAUCUCAGAACCGGCUACCACCCUCUAGACGAUGUAGAGCCAGAUUCUCCAGACGAUAUACGAUUAGAUUACAUUCGACGCAAUCUCUUCGACGUUGAUAGCGGUCGAGUUCUUCCCCAUGAUAUUCCAGGCCCGAAUAACGACAUCAUCGACGUCCUGGAGCCUAGAAUCAAGGCAGCAAUUGAUGAAGGAGCUACUGUUCACAUCUUUGGCGAGCGGUAUAACUCACAAGAUGGAAUGCACAAUAUCCACAUGAACCAGGGCAAUAUUGCUAUGUAUUCUGGUGACGAUGGACCGUUCCAGGACGGGGCCCUCGUGUUCUAUUUCCCAGAGUCCCAUCAAUGGCUGGGCGUUUUUCUUGCGUUUGCGUCGCAGUCGGUGCAUACUGGCAAUGGUUCUGGCCACGCCAUAUCGCGAGUGACCUGGAAAGAUGUCCUUCUUGAUGACCUUGUCGAAAAUUCCGUAGUUAUCAGGCAGGCGGCCGUGAAUCCGCCUGCAUCAGAGGACCAGCGGCAAUCUGUGACCCUGGCGAACCUCAUGAACCGCCGGAUACCAUUGUCAGGAUGGAAGAUCCGCAACUCAUCAGGGGCAGAACAAGUUCUUCCUAGAGAUGCGGUCUUACCUCCUUUGGCUACCGAAGACUUUGAUAUUCCGAAUUGCCCUCUAUCCAGGGAUGAUGACGCUAUCACACUUCUUGAUGGGGAUGGGCUCAAGGUCGCUGGGAUAAGAUAUAGCUCUCAGCACGGAACCACCCAGCACAAGCCGAUGAUCUUUGCUCGUUCCUGA